UCGGCCGUUACCUGUCAGCGGCGGCGGAGGAGGAGGAGGCGGCGGCGGCGGGAUGGAGGGGCUCAUCCCGCUCGUUAACCGGCUGCAGGAUGCCUUCGCGGCGCUGGGCCAGAACUGCCUGCUCGACCUGCCGCAGAUCGCCGUGGUGGGCGGGCAGAGCGCCGGCAAGAGCUCCGUGCUGGAGAACUGCGUCUCCAGGGAUUUUCUUCCACGAGGCUCUGGAAUUGUGACAAGACGACCAUUGGUCCUACAACUCAUCACUGCCAAAACAGAGUAUGCUGAAUUUCUACACUGCAAAGGGAAGAAGUUUACUGAUUUUGAUGAAGUUCGUCAGGAAAUUGAAGUAGAAACAGAUAGAGUAACAGGAAUGAACAAAGGCAUUUCUUCAGUUCCUAUUAAUUUAAGAGUAUAUUCUCCACAUGUCUUAAGCCUGACCCUGAUUGAUUUGCCGGGAAUCACUAAAGUGCCAGUGGGGGAUCAGCCUCCAGAUAUUGAGCAGCAGAUCAGAGACAUGAUAAUGCAGUUCAUCUCCCGAGAGAACUGCCUGAUCCUGGCUGUGACUCCAGCUAACACUGACCUGGCCAACUCAGAUGCCCUGAAGCUGGCAAAGGAAGUGGACCCUCAGGGCCUUAGGACCAUCGGUGUGAUCACAAAAUUGGAUCUGAUGGAUGAAGGAACAGAUGCAAGAGAAGUUCUAGAAAACAAACUCCUCCCUCUUCGUAGAGGUUAUAUUGGUGUUGUAAACAGAAGCCAGAAAGACAUUGAUGGGAAGAAGGACAUAAAGGCAGCUCUUCUAGCAGAAAGGAAGUUCUUUCUUUCCCACCCAUCCUACAGGCACAUGGCAGAUCGGAUGGGAACACCAUAUCUCCAGAAAGUUCUAAACCAGCAACUUACCAAUCAUAUUCGGGAUACCCUGCCAGCCUUCAGAAGCAAACUCCAGAGCCAGCUGCUUUCAAUAGAACAUGAAGUAGAGGUAUACAAAAACUUCAGACCAGAAGAUCCCACCAGAAAAACGAAAGCCCUGUUGCAGAUGGUACAGCAGUUUUCAGUGGACUUUGAGAAAAGAAUUGAAGGAUCAGGAGAUCAAGUUGAUACGCUAGAACUUUCAGGAGGUGCCAAAAUCAAUCGUAUUUUCCAUGAACGUUUUCCUUUUGAACUCGUGAAGAUGGAAUUCAAUGAGAAGGAGCUGCGGAGAGAGAUAAGUUAUGCCAUCAAGAACAUACACGGGAUCAGAACAGGUUUGUUCACCCCAGAUAUGGCGUUUGAAGCCAUUGUUAAAAAGCAGAUAGUUAAGCUGAAAGGACCUUGCUUAAAAAGUGUGGAUCUGGUGAUGCAAGAGUUAAUCAACACUGUCAAGAAGUGCACUAAAAAGUUGGCAACAUAUCCAAGGUUGUGUGAGGAAACAGAAAGAAUUGUUGCUGGCUACAUUCGUGAAAGAGAAGAGAAGACCAAGGAUCAGAUGCUGCUGCUCAUUGAUAUCCAGGUUUCUUAUAUCAACACCAACCAUGAAGACUUCAUUGGCUUUGCAAAUGCCCAACAAAGAAGCAGUCAGGUUAACAAAAGUGCAGUGGGAAAUCAGGGAACCAAUCUACCGCCUUCAAGGCAAAUUGUCAUCCGGAAAGGCUGGCUCACCAUCAACAACAUUGGCAUCAUGAAAGGAGGAUCCAAGGAAUACUGGUUUGUUCUGACUGCAGAGAGCUUGUCCUGGUAUAAAGAUGAUGAGGAAAAAGAGAAGAAGUAUAUGCUGCCUUUGGACAACUUGAAAGUGCGAGAUGUUGAAAAGAGCUUCAUGUCCAGCAAACACAUCUUUGCUUUGUUUAACACAGAGCAGAGGAAUGUUUACAAGGAUUACCGUUUCCUUGAGCUAGCCUGUGACUCCCAAGAGGAGGUGGAUAGCUGGAAGGCAUCUCUGCUACGAGCCGGUGUCUAUCCUGAUAAAUCCUCAACUGAAACUGAAGAGAAUGGCCAAGCAGAUAAUUUUUCAAUGGACCCCCAGCUGGAAAGACAGGUGGAGACAAUUCGAAAUCUUGUGGACUCCUACAUGUCUAUUAUUAACAAAUGUAUCCGAGAUUUGAUACCGAAAACAAUCAUGCACCUCAUGAUCAAUAAUGUGAAAGAAUUCAUCAACGCCGAGCUGCUGGCUCACCUGUAUUCCUCCGAGGACCAGAACACUCUGAUGGAGGAGUCGGCGGAGCAGGCGCAGCGGCGCGACGAGACCCUGCGCAUGUACCAGGCGCUGAAGGAGGCGCUGGCCAUCAUCGGGGACAUCAGCACCAGCACUGUCUCCACCCCUGCCCCCCCUCCUGUGGAUGACUCCUGGCUUCAGCAGGCACGCAGAUCACCUCCUCCAAGUCCUUCAACUCCGAGGAGACCCACACUGAACACCCCCCCGAGCAGACCUUUAUCUGGCCGAGGACCCGCCCCUGCCAUCCCGUCUCCAGGCCCGCAGUCGGGGGCUCCGCCGGUCCCGUUCCGCCCGGGAGCGCUGCCUUUCCCCAGUGCUGAGGCCCAUGGAGCACCUCCCCAGGUCCCCUCUCGGCCCAGCCGGGCUCCUCCCAGCGUGCCAAGUCGAAGACCACCCCCUUCACCUACUCGGCCCACUGUAAUCCGCCCGUUAGACUCAUCCCUGUUAGACUAAAAGGAGUUUCUGGCAUGUCAUUCCUUGUUAACCAAAUCUGUGGAAACAAAUUGCUUGGUAACUGUCUCAAUAACCAGUGUAUAGUCGCAUGUAUGGACAUCUCUAGGCAAGUAACCGAUUUUACUGCUAUUCUCUGUCCAUUCUUCUGAGGUCUUCAAUGUUUGGGGAAGGUCUGUGCUGCCUUGACUUUUCCUUCUGCAAUAACUGAUGUUAGCUAACUACUGACACAUAUCUCCACCCAGACAACUGUGCUCACAGUCCUCUACAGCAGACAGAGGGCUUGACUCUGUGUGUGUUUGUGCAUGUGUCAAUUUGAUCUGCUGCUUUUUUUCCCUCUUACCUGAAAGGAAUCUUGCUUUUAUAUGUACCUUCCAGGUUUUCUAUUUUCUCUUGUAAUGGUUAAACUGGGCAAAGAAAAGCCAUGUGGUUUCUUACCAAGCUCUUCUGAAGGCCCCACACACUUCCAGGUCUCUUUUGCAAGAGGCUUCCUUCUCCUAUAAAUUCUCCUUAUCUGAAAUUUAGUUUUUAGGAAUGUUAAAUGAGCAGGAUGUGUGUGGAACAAGGCAUGUUUUGCUUUAUUUCCAUCCUGGCAGCUGCAAUGCCAGGCUGCUCAGGCUGGUGAGGGGCAGGCUGGGGUGCCCCAGCUCCCAGGGUGGGACAGGCUGGUUUGGAAGGCUGGGGUGCCACAGAGCAGCAUGUGCCAGCUCCUCUGCCCUGUGCCAGUGCCUGCUCACACUCCUGGGAAGCUCUGGAGGGGAGUGAGUGCAUGGAAAUGUGCUGUGUGCAGGAUCAGGGAACUGAGCCCUGCUCAGUCCUUUGUGACCCAGGAGGACACAGAGACAGACACAUGCACAGCUGGGCGUGGGUGCCCUCCCCUGCCCCCCGUGGGAGCCAGUUCCCAGAGCUCCAGACUGGCAGCUGAGCUUCCCAAGGGCUGGGUUUGGAUGUGAGAUAUUUGUGAUAUUUUCACAUGCCAGUCAAUAAAAUUUCCCAGUGUCCCCUGUGUAAAGAUUUUAUUUUUGCAUUACAUGGUCCUUGCAUACACCUUGGUUUACUGCUGCUUUAUCCAGCCAAGUUCUGGGAAGUGCUCAGCUGUGCAUCCUGGAUUAUUUUAGCAGCUGCUCACUUGCAGAGGUCCUCUCUGCCUCUUGUUUUGCACGUUAUAAAUUAAUGCAUUAUAAAAACCUUUUGUCUUAACUGCAUUACUUCACUUUAAACACUUAGGGUCAGUGUCACCCUUAAAGCUUAGAACUUACUGAGUUAACAGAGUGAAACUAGAGAGAAAUUUGGCCUUGUUCCUUCAGAAAAUAUGAAUUGCUGCUAUUACAAUUAUGGUUACAGAUCCCUAGGCAAAGCAAUUGGUGGUUUCAAAAGCCCCCAGUACAAUCAGUCUAAUAAAUGUAUUUAUUAAGACUGCUUGUAGGGCUCCAGUAUGGAGCUGUAGCCCCAUGGUUAGGAAGAAUCCAAUCAAAGAGCCACAACACAUGGGGAUUUAGCCUAUUAAUUCCCAGGCUGCUGAUUAGCUGUGCUCACCAGUGCAGCAAAUCAUGUUUCAGCUUGCAGGAGAGAGAUGAGCUUGGGAAAGCACCAUGAUUUGUAUGUUAGCUAAAUUUUAAUUUCCUGUCAACCCCACACUUGUGACACACACCUGGGGAGUCUGGAGGUCACAUCUGAUGCACACUGGAGAUGGAGUUUGUCAGAGCACUGGCAUCUUGGUGAUCCCAGCAGACUGCUGAAGUGUUUGGGGAACAGGUCCACAUCUCCAGUGCCAAGUGCACAGAAUCAGCUUUCAAGGAAAAGAAAAGGUUGCAAACACAACCACAGUAAUUCCAAUUUUUACUACAAAAAAAAGAAAGCAUUUUUGAUGAUUCUUCUUGUCUUCUACAGAGCUUUUCAUUGCUUAGUGCUCUCUGCUGUAACCUGUGCUGCAUCUGUUGGAUAUAUUUUUGUAAAUAGCCACAGCAGCUCAUUUGUUUCCUCACCAGCACUCCUAUAUAUCCAAACAGAGUUUAUCAGAACUCUGUUACUGACUGGCAGCUGCCUGCUGAUGGAAAGCCAGGUUUAAUGCCACAGAGCUCGUUGAUAUCACUCCUGAUAUCAGAAUAUCAAAUUCUGAUCCUCACUUGGUGAUAGAAGGCCGGGUUGGACGGGUCUUCCAGCAGCCUGGUCUGGUGGAACGUGUCCCUGCUCAUGGAACAAGAAGAGCUCCAAGGUCCCUUCCAACCCAACCCAUUCUAGGAUACUGCAAGGCCAGAUCUGGGUUUAUCCCACCAUUCCCCAAGGACUCAGCUUAGCUGUCCUUUGUUAGUGGGAAGAGCAUCACCUCCAGGAGGUGAUUCAGGCCAGUGUGGCUGCAUGGGACACGAGGGCAAUGCUGGUAAGUCAGCACACAAAUCCUGGCCUAAAAACAUGCUUUUAAAUGCUCUCUGCUUGAGACUCCCUAAUUUACUUUCAUGACUGUUUCUGCCAAACAAAAGGAAGUAGGUGGCACAACUGAGCACCGCCCUUUACUCUGCCCCUAAGAAACUAUUUUUCAGCAGUAAUCCUGAAUUGUAAAUAAAGCUCUCAAGGGUGGAUUUACCCUAAAGAGGAGGAGGAGACAAGGGGGCACCAGCACCAUCUGGUUCUGUGCUUGAUGCUGAGGAUGCACAGCCCUCCUUCCUCUGCAUCCUCGUUCAGAUCUCAUCUAAAUCUGGCCUUGUGCCCUAAAUGCAACACUUUUAGGUGUGCAGGUUAAUAAAUAAUAGUGAGCACAAAUCCAGGGCUUGAUGAUUUCACCUCUUCUUGCGUACGAGAAUAAACCACGUAGAAUUGUUUCUAGGAAAAACACUUAAAUGCUUCCCAAGAAAUUGCCACAUCCAAUUGAGUAAGCACUGUCCUCCAGCCUUGGCCCACUUCCUUCUGCUGCAGAGUGCCCAGAAUGGGUUUGUUUGUCCCACUUAGUCCUGAUGCUGGCAAGUCCUGUCCAACCUGUCCCUUUUGCUCAGUGGAGCAGCCUUGGCAGCACCUCACUCCAUGCCCAAAGGACAGCAGGACAAGCACCUGUGGAUCUGCCAGAGGGACUGAGCACCUCUGCAGACCCACUGAGGGGGGAUGAGCCAAGUCUGAACUCGGUGUCUAAGCAGCACAGGCUGCUCUGCCUUCCUCUGAUUCCCUCUGGCACAGCUCUGACUGCCAGGCAUGGUGGAGCAAUGGUGAAGCAACACCGGUGUUUCUGAUCUUACAUGAGGUACACAAAGAUCUGGGUGGUGCAGUUGCUAAGUUUCAGGAGGGUGCUCAUCUAAUACUGCAUUUAGGCUGAGCCUGGAUUUCUGCCCAGAGAACAUUUCCACCUCACCGUGCCGUGGCUGACAACAGCUGAAGAGCUUGUGUGUGCCAUGAACAGCUCUCGGCCUUGGAUCUCAAGGGAUCUUGUGCUAGGGUUAAAAAGAUUGUAUGUUCAACAAAAAGGCUUAUGUACAUAGUUAAUGUGUGUUUAUUUUAUUGCUGAUCUUGUUGCACUUCUGAGUAAGCCUCCAAAAAGUAGAUUAUUUAUUAUAUUAAAGAAGAUACAUUAUAGGUUAUGGCAUUUCGUGUUCCAGUAUAACAUAGAAAAUAUUAUCCUCUCUGUUCCACACAGCUCCACUAGCCAUGAUGUGUACAGCAUAUUGAAUUCCUGACUAGUUCUGUCCUCCUGUCUUAAAAUAGUCCAAACCUGACCUGAGAGCAGAGCUGCUUUGUCCCUGUGCCACCAGGGAGCCUCCUGGCUCACUCGUGGCACGGCUCCUCCUGCUGCCAGGCCGGUGCAGAGCAGCUCCCUGGUGUCAAUGACUGUCACUCUGCCUGUCUUUCCUCUUGCUUUGUCUGCAGGCGAGCUGAUGCCGACGGCUCCUCCCGUCCGGACAGCCCUCCGCUCUUGCUUGAUCUAUGAUUUGUCCCUCCUUGCCGGCGUUUGCUUUACUGCUGUCUCUUUACUUUUCCAGGACGGGCUAAACCAUGACUUCUUUUUUGUAAGAAGCAAACACUUAAUUUCUUUCUGAUUUUUUUUUUUUUUUUUUUUUUUUUUUUUGCUGUGUAUGUUAAUGCCCUACUUCAUGUGAGCCAAAACAUCUGCCUUUGGUUUCGUAAUCUGUAAAUGGUUCCUGGUGUUGACCUUUGAGCACAGCGAGUGGAUUCCCGAAACUGUGGUCAUUACUGAGCAUCACAUACACCUGCUGUAAAAAUGUUACGCUGCAUUUCUGAACCUGAAAUAAACUGUAAUUCUUGAUGGGCUUUUAUUAUUACUUUCUGGAUGUGUUUGAGUGGUGUCUUCUGUCUCUUGCACCAUCAUCUCAGCAUUCCACGGUGCCUCGGUGGGGACUGCAGGGGGGAUUUAUUGGAGGUGCUGUUGUGCUGAGAUCACUGGAGAUGUCAUUAAAGGGAGCUGCAGCCCUUUGGGAAGCAUUCAGCCUGUCCUCCUGCAAGGGGCUUGGAGUGCUGCAGAGAUAUUUUGCUGGGAAAUGGAUGAAUGUUUUACAAGCACUACCUGGGAUUCAUUCAUUGCUGAGGAAAGCACGUUCAGAGGAGUUUCAGAGCUGAGCAGAAGGCCAGACUGAGUCCUCCAAAGCAGGAGGUGGAGUUAAAAUGUGCCUGAAAGGGAUUUCCCCCUAAAGGUUGUGUACAAAUGUGCAGAUGUCCUGAUUACUCAGUUCCUCCUGCAGAUGAGGAUGAGCCAAGUAGCUGCAAUCUGUGCUUGGAGAUGGUCUGUGGGGCACAGAGCACAACAGCUUCCUGUGGGAACCCCACAGUGCCUAAGUGGGUCCUUAGGUUUUGGAAAAAGAGGGAGCAGAAGGUGGGAUGAGCACAGCAGGAGCAUCCCUGCUGUAUCCUGCAACACUGGGGGAUUUAUUGCAGUUUGUGCACUGCCCCUGAGGGAACAGCAGUGUCCCAGUGUCCCCUCUGCCCGGGGCACCCCUGGCUGAGCCUGGUGCCAGGAAUGCUGGGCAGUGGAGCUGAGUGCUCUGUGCUGGGCACCAGCAGGAACAGCUGCUCUCUGCACUGGGCUCUCACUGCCAGGGGCUCUCCAGCGUCAUUUUUAACCCUUCCCAGCAGU